GUUCUCCGCUCAGUUCGAGACCGUGAAUUCUCAACAGUUAUUAGCAUUUUUCCUCUCUCCUCUUCGGGAUAGCUCACUGCAAAACACGCAUAAAACCCUAAACCCUCUCUCCCAUGUGUUGUCACUGAAAACCCUAAACCCUCUCUCUGAAAGUCUCUUCCUGCGACCGUUCUACCACCACCCCACCCAUGGCGGAGCUGAAACUCUCGGAGACGCGAGACUUAACCCGAAUAGAGCGCACAGGCGCACACUCCCACAUCCGAGGGCUGGGGCUCGACACAACCCUCGAGCCCCGCGCCAUCUCGGAGGGGAUGGUGGGUCAGACCUCCGCCCGUAAGGCGGCCGGUGUCAUCGUCCAGAUGGUCAAAGACGGCAAGAUCGCAGGCCGGGCCGUCCUCCUCGCCGGCCAGCCCGGCACCGGCAAGACCGCCAUAGCCAUGGGCAUGGCCAAGUCACUCGGCUUAGAAACCCCCUUCGCAAUGCUCGCCGGCAGCGAGCUCUUCUCUCUGGAGAUGUCCAAGCCCGAAGCCCUAAUGCAAGCAUUCCGCAAAGCUAUCGGAGUUAGGAUCAAGGAAGAGACCGAAGUGAUUGAAGGCGAAGUUGUGGAAAUCCAAAUCGACCGUCCUGCGGUGGCCGGCGCGGCGUCCAAGACGGGGAAGCUGACGCUGAAGACGACGGAGAUGGAGACUGUGUAUGAUUUGGGGGGAAAGAUGAUUGAGGCAUUGGGGAAGGAUAAGGUACAGAGUGGGGAUGUGAUUGCCAUUGAUAAGGCGUCUGGUAAGAUCACAAAGCUCGGGAGGUCGUUCUCGAGGUCGAGGGACUACGAUGCCAUGGGACCGCAGACAAAAUUCGUGCAGUGUCCUGACGGAGAGUUGCAGAAGCGGAAGGAGGUCGUGCAUUGUGUUACUCUUCAUGAGAUUGAUGUUAUCAACAGCAGAACACAGGGUUUUCUAGCUCUUUUCACUGGUGAUACUGGUGAAAUCCGUGCUGAAGUGAGGGAACAAAUCGACACGAAGGUUGCAGAGUGGAGGGAGGAAGGGAAGGCAGAGAUUGUGCCCGGUGUUCUCUUCAUUGAUGAAGUGCACAUGCUUGACAUCGAGUGCUUUUCUUUCCUAAACCGUGCUUUGGAGAACGAUAUGGCACCUAUACUGGUUGUUGCUACCAACAGAGGGAUCACCACAAUCCGAGGCACAAACUAUAAAUCACCACAUGGGAUUCCAAUCGAUUUCCUUGAUCGCCUUUUAAUCAUCUCCACACAGCCUUAUACAGAAGAAGACAUCCACAAAAUUUUGGACAUCAGAUGCCAGGAGGAAGAUGUGGAGAUGUCCGAAGAUGCAAAGAUUUUACUGACAAAGAUUGGGGUAGAUACAUCCCUGAGAUAUGCCAUCCACCUCAUCACGGCCGCUGCAUUGUCUUGCCAGAAGCGCAAGGGAAAGGUUGUGGAGAUGGAGGACAUAAGUAGAGUUUACGAGCUAUUUUGGGAUGUGAAGAGAUCGACACAGUACCUGAUGGAAUAUCAGGGUCAGUAUAUGUUCAGUGAAGUGCCAACGGGAGAGGGCGAUGAGGAUGAAGAAGCCAAUGCCAUGGUUUCUUGAGAAAUUCAUUGGACUCGGGAUUCGGAUGUUAGUUUCAGGCUGUACCAACUUAUUUGGAUGGGAUACUCACAUUAUAAUGCUUAAUGUGCUUACCAUGUAUAAAGUCUGGAUUGGACUAACAUUAGGAGUUUAACCGAAUGUUGAUUAUUUUUCUGUACACAGAUUAUGCUUGAAAUCCUUUUGAUAUCUUUCUGAAUCCUAAUUAUGCAAAGGUAUUUGAUAUUCAUAGUUUUUCUACUA